ACAACAGCGAGAUUUGAGCUUAUCCAGUCUUCGGAGUUUGGUUGUGGUCGCCGAGGAACGACCACGAGUUCAACUGAUUGCCACGUUUACCAAACUGUUUUCCAAUUUCGGUCUGAUGAGUCGUGCCUCUGAGAAACGAUCGGGUCAAAUUGUUGGAGAAAGGUUCUCCGAACAGUCUAUGUCUGGUCGAAUCGGGAAAAGGGUCCAUGUCGCUAUCGCGAAUCCGGACACUUUGGGCCAAUGCGCGGACUCCCAGCUGGGCGAGAUUUGGGUAUCGUCACCCCACAACUCACCUGAACUGCUCGGUCCAUUCGACAGUGCCAGCCUGACCCGUGCCCCAGGCUCCCAAUCCCAACCGGUCCCCGGGAGCAAUGCAGCCGAGGCACUGACCGCUCAUCUGGUGACCGGAGACACGGAACGAACGUACGCUCGGACCGGAUUUCUGGGUUUCGUGCGACGUACCGAGUUAACUCAGUCCGACGGCGAAUUACACGAUGCAAUCUUCGUUGUCGGCAGUUUGGAGGAAGCUAUUAUGCUACGCGGUAUGCGAUUUCAUCCGGUCGAU